AUGGCGGAACCUCUGGCUGCAGAAGGAGUGACUGCCACUGCAGUUCCUGUUCCAGGUGUCAACAGCAAUGGUGAAUCGCCUGAAGUCGAAGGAGAAGGCGUUGGAGCAGCGGACGAAGAUAAGGACGCGCCUAUGCAAGUGGCAGAGGCCGUUGGGGACAGCGAGGAAGACGGGGAGGAUGUGUUCGAAGUGGAGAAGAUCUUGGACAUGAAAAUCGAGGGGGGUAAAAUCCUUUACAAAGUUCGAUGGAAAGGAUAUACAUCAGAUGAUGACACCUGGGAGCCUGAGGUUCAUCUUGAAGACUGUAAAGAAGUUCUGCUUGAAUUUAGGAAGAAAGUUGCAGAUAACAAAGCUAAACCAGUCAAGAAGGAUAUUCAGAGAUUAUCUUUAAAUAAUGACAUUUUUGAGGCAAAUUCUGAUAGUGAUCAGCAAAGUGAGACAAUUUUUUUUUUGUCAAAAAAGACAAAAACAUUAAGACAUAGAGAGGUGAAAAGCCCAGAUAAUCUGAAAAAGAAAAAAGCAAAGACUGGGAAACUAAAAGAUAAAUCCAAAUCAGACCUUGAGAGUUCCUCAGAAAGUUUAGUUUUUGAUUUAAGGACAAAGAAAAGAAUUCUCGAAGCCAAAGAAGAAUUAAAGGAAUUAAAAAAGCCAAAAAAAGAUGACGUAAAAGAAACUAAGGAAUUGAAGAAAGUUAAAAAGGGUGAAAUAAGAGAUUUAAAGACUAAAACAAGAGAAGAUUUCAAAGAAAACAGAAAAACGAAAAAAGACAAAUGCAUUGAAUCUCAGUUGGAAUCUGAAUCAAGUGUACUUAAUGAUUCCCUUUCUCAAGAUGAUGACAAUGAAGAUUUAUAUUCUGACAGUAAAGAAGAGAAACAAAAGAUUAAAAGUAUAAAAGAUAAAUCAGGGCAGGAUAUAAUUGCAGAUGUUGUUUAUGAUAAACAACCAGAUGGCAAGGUAAGUGCUGAUGAAGAUACUGAUGUCAGGACAAAGAGGAAAAAGAAGAAACUAAGAAAGACUGAAGAACAUAAAGAGAGCAAAAAGCUAGAAAACAAUGACCUUUUCUUAGAAAAGAAAAGUACUCAUAAAAAGCAAAGAAAUCAAGAUAAAGGGAAAAGUACCAUUGAGUUAGAUAAGCCAAUACCUGCAUCUGCCCAGACACAAAAGACUUCAAAAUUAGGUGGGGAAGAGAGAGGCCUUUGGUCUACUGAUUCACCUGGAAAGGAGAAAGAAACCAAAAAGAGUGACCCCAAAGAAAAAUACCAGAAAAGGCAUGAUUCUGACAAAGAUGAGAAGGGCAGAAAAGAGCCAAAGGGAAUAAAGACAUUUAAGGAAAUCAGAAGUGCAUUUGAUAUAUUUAAAUUAACUCCGGAAGAAAAAAGUGAGCUUAUAAGAGAAGAAAUGUCAUUGGAUUGUAAAAUCACAGAAGAUCACAAAACCAAGGAAAACAAGUUAUUUAAAGAAAGGAGAAGUACAAGAGAUGAAACAGAUACUUGGGCAUAUAUAGCUGCAGAAGGUGAUCAGGAAGUUCUGGAAAAUGUAUGUCAGACAGAUGACAAUUCUGAUGGCAGGCAACAAAUUUUGAGUUUGGGCAUGGACUUGCAGUUGGAAUGGAUGAAACUAGAAGAUUUUCAGAAGCAUCUUGAUGGAGAAGAUGAGAAUUUUGCUACAGCAGACGCAAUUCCAAGUAAUUUAUUGAGGGAUGCUGUGAAAAAUGGGGACUAUAUUACUGUAAAGGUUGCACUGAAUUCAAGUGAAGAAUAUAACCUGGACCAAGAGGAUUCAAGUGGGAUGACUCUAGUGAUGCUUGCUGCAGCUGGGGGACAAGAUGACCUUCUUAGACUCCUCAUCAAAAAAGGAGCCAAAGUUAAUGGGAGACAGAAGAACGGGACCACUGCACUGAUUCAUGCAGCUGAGAAGAACUUUUUAACAACAGUGGCUAUUCUUUUGGAAGCAGGAGCUUUUGUAAACGUCCAGCAGAGCAAUGGUGAGACAGCUUUAAUGAAGGCUUGUAAAAGAGGAAAUUCGGACAUUGUGCGGCUUGUGAUUGAAUGUGGAGCUGACUGUAAUAUUUUGUCAAAGCACCAGAAUAGUGCACUGCAUUUUGCUAAGCAGUGUAACAAUGUGCUGGUGUAUGACCUGCUUAAGAAUCAUUUAGAAACACUCUCAAGAGUAGCAGAAGAGACCAUAAGGGAUUACUUUGAAGCACGUCUUGCUCUACUAGAACCAGUUUUUCCACUAGCAUGUCAUCGUCUCUGUGAGGGACCAGAUUUUUCAACAGAUUUCAAUUACAAGCCCCCCCAGAACAUACCAGAAGGGUCUGGUAUCCUGCUGUUUAUUUUCCAUGCAAACUUUUUGGGUAAAGAAGUGAUAGCUCGACUCUGUGGACCAUGUAGUGUACAAGCUGUAGUUUUAAAUGAUAAAUUUCAACUUCCUGUUUUUCUGGAUAGUCACUUCGUUUAUUCAUUCAGUCCAGUUGCCGGCCUAAAUAAACUCUUCAUAAGGUUGACAGAAGCGCCCUCUGCUAAGGUUAAGUUGCUAAUAGGUGCAUACAGAGUGCAGCUGCAGUGA